AUGGUAGUGUCUUUUGGGGAGGAGGACCGGGAAGGAGUGUUGUAUCCACACGAUGAUGCUUUAGUGGUCACCCUUGUGAUAGCAAACUACACAAGUAGGUGGGUACUAAUCGACAAUGGGAGCUCUGCAGAUAUACUGUUCUGGGAAGCGUUCAUCAAAAUGGAUAUCAGUGCCAAUAAGUUGAGGCCCUCCCCAACACCAGUGAAGGGUUUCUCUGGAGACACAAUACAACCUGAUGGGGGUAUCAUAGUCCCUGUAACAGCAAGGACUGGGGCGUUGACAGCUACCACCAUGACCGACUUCUUGAUUGUAAAGACCCUGUCCUCCUACAACGCAAUAUUGGGAAGACUAACACUCAACCAUCUCAAGGCAGUGACAUCCACAUACUACCUCAAGAUGAAGUUUCCAACGGAUAGUGGGGUCGUAGAGUUGCGAGUGCCACCAAAGGAUAGAGAAGCCCUUAAGCAACUGCUGAUAGAACACAUGGAUGUGUUUGCAUGGAGUCAUGAAGACAUGCUUGGCAUAGACAAUAACAUCAUUGAACACCGCCUGUGUGUAGAUCCCGCCCAUAAGGUGAUACGCCAAAAAAAGAGGUCGUUCAAUGCAGAGAAGUAUGUCGCCAUUAACGAGGAAGUGGAGAGGUUAUUAGCUGCCAGGUUCAUUAAGGAAGCUCAUUCCCAGAGUAGUUAUCUAAUGUAG